AUGUUUUCGUGUCAAACUAAGGGGAGAACGCUUCGAAAUUUUUUAAGACUAUUUCUUCGCGCCUUUCUUUUCUUUCCCGUCGUCUAUGGCUUCACUGUUCCGCAUGGGAGUCACAGCCUAAUUCCCAAUGGUGGGUGGACAAAGCAAAGCAACCGAUGGGGAGUGAACAAAAUAAGCCCGAGUAAGAUAAAGGAGAAAAAAAGUGGAACAAAAGUUUACUCCAUAAAAAUCACAAAUUUGACAGAAAAUCAAAUCCCAGAGGAGUACUUUAAGUACAACCUUCCUCCCGAGCCGAUAUACCCCUACAUCACCGUGCCGAAUAAUUUGUACACGAGGCAAACAAACGAUGAGCAGCCCGAUGAAGAGGACUCCCCAAGUGGAGGAAAAGACAAACUGGAUGGUGAAAAAUAUCCCAAGAAUGCAACAGAGGUAGGAAAAAUGACCUCGGAAGAAUUCUCCAAAUGGAAUGAAGAAGAAAGAAAAAAAAUGAGAGCGUUGCCUGAACCAACCAUUGAGGAUUACAUCGAGGAUACGAAUUUUAGCAAGUAUGUCCAUCCAUGUUUGAUUAAAAAGGUUUCUCCAAAGGAUAGACAGAAAGUGCAUCAUUCCCUGUUGUCCCUUAUCGACCCGAAAGUAGAAUAUUCCAUCGUUGAUUGCUUUGAUGAGAAUGACGAAGAAAAUGACCUCACCGAAUAUGACGCAGCGUACAAGGGAAUAGCACCUUGGCCCUCCACGGAUGAACUGAGAAGGAAUCAAAAUGACUACCAGUUUGAGAAAACGGAUCUCGAGGUGGAAUACAACAUAACGUAUGACAAGGCGGGGUAUCAGCAGUUCAGGGAUAAGCUCCUUGCGGAGCGGCUGCGCGGUGGUGAAAAAGAGCCGAGUACAGAGGGGGAAGGAGCGAGUAUCGGCGGGGAAGAAACCAAGACUUCCGGGGAAGAAUCGAGUAGUGGUAGCAAACAACCAACCGAUGGAGAACCUCUUGGCGACCAACCCAAGCCGACCGCCCCGCCACCUGUCUCCGUGGAAGACAUAAGAAAGUUGUACUUCAAGAAGGAGAUCAAAACGCUGAGGGAGGCGAAGGAAGAAAUGGUCAAAUGGGAAGAACGGAAAACGAAUUCGAGGAGCACAUGGACGUUGACGGAGGAAGAACUGAAGUUGCUUCCUGACAAGUUCAGGCAACUGUAUCAGCAGAAGAGAAGGGAGAAGUUGGAGCAGAUCAGCGAGGCCAAGCGCAGGGAGGAAGCGCGGCAGAGGGGGGAGCUGCAGGAUGAGUUCUCCUUGUGGGAUGAGAAGGGUCUAUCCAGCAUAGAGAAGUUGCGCGAAGAGGGGAGCGGCGAAAGCAGCGACGAGAGGAGUUCCCAGACGGACAGCGAAACCACCGCAGAUGUGCGGCCUUACCAAGCGGAGCCUCCCCCAACGAGUACAGGCGACAUUCUGCACAGUGUCAGAUUACUCGAGGACAAUGUACUAUACACAAAGGCCAAAUCGCCAGUGGAGAAUAUGUUAUACGAGUGGGACGAUUCGCUGAGCUGCAAAUGGAGAAAGAGAGCUAAAGAAGUGAUACGUGAUGUCAUCAUGUAUGAUUAUCCUAUGAAAGAAGUGAGAAGACCAUCCAAAUUGGACCUUUACGAUGUCACAUGGUAUGCCGGGAAGGUCGAAGUGUUUGUCACUCCAGACGAAACGCAGAGGAAAAAUUACAAAAUCACUUUAUUUGACUUGAAGCAGCUAGUCAAGAAAAUUGCAGAAAGGUUAAAAGAGCUUGAAAUCGACGAAGAGAUUAUCAUUUUGCCUUUUUAUGAGUUAGUCGUUUCGUCUCUGCCUAGUAAAAACAUCCUUGUGUGUAGGAGGGAUUGGUGUAGUCAUGCUGGGAAAGAAGUUACCGUUUUUUUUAAGGACAAUAUGUUUCCUCCUUUGGAAGGGAUACUUCUAGGAUCGCCUAGCGUCUUUCACUUAAUUAUAAAUGUUAAUUAUGAGCGGAUAGAGAAUUUGGAUGUUCAUACCAUCGAUAAGGUGAUCCUGAGAGAUAGCAAGGAUGAACUUCGGGGUCACAUUGUGCUUAAGGCGGCAAUGGAGAACAGACUGGUGGAAAAAUCCGAGUCGGCUGGAGGGGCCCCAACUGCGGGUGACUCACCAAGGCAGAAUUUACCUGCCCCGGAAGGAGACCCCGAAAUUGGUGCACCUCUGGAUGGUGACGAUGAGGAAGAGGAACACCAAGAAGUGAUGACCAGAAGGACAGGCUUCGAUGAACUGCAGAAGUUGAAGGACAUCGAGCGGGUGGGUGCUACUCCGCUUCGCACUAACCAGCUUCUCCCUAACGAACUUCUCCCCAGCCAGGUGCGUAGGGGCGAGGACGCCGACCCGGUUGGGGGUGCAAGCGGCGCGCGUACCGACCUGGACGGCAUCAGCCGGGUAAGCGGCAUUAACCGAUUGGGCGACGAUGACGACGUAGCCAGGAUGCAGAAGCAGGCCCUCGAGGAGGACGAAGAGGAGACCGACGAGUAUGAAGAAGACGAGUCCUACGACGACGUCGCGGAUGGGGGGUACAUAUACGAAGGCGACGAGGAUGGAGGUGGCUCCGAAGGGGGGAACAUAUAUGAAGGCGACGAGGAUGGAGGUGGCUCCGAAGGGGGGAACAUAUACGGAGUGGACGAGGAUCGAGGUGGUUCCAACGGGGGAGACCUCUACCGAGGCGACGUGGAUGAUUACAUGCCAGAGGAGUGA